GCCGUAAGCAUUCGUAACACAUCAAACUUCUUGCACUACUAAGCGAGAACUGUUCAAUUCAUUGAGCAGUCCUAAAAAUUUACAGAUCCCCCCUUUCGCGUGAGUUCUGCCGAGGACCAGGCACAACCGGUUUCGGUUGGCAAAACUGCCGAGUUCUACCAACAACACUAACUACAACACAUCCACUGGCACUAAAAAAAUCACUAUAAAGACUGAUGCAUCUCAUGUCUAUAGUUUCCUCAUCUCGACGUUCAUAAUAUGAAUCCGACGAUUGUGUUUCCCACUGUCACCCACACGACCACUCUUGACUGCGAGCCCUCACAAUUCAUUUUACCUGACCUCAUCAAUGAUUGCCAUUAUUACUUUCGACAGAACCUUCAUGGUUAUGCCGUGUCCCGCGCAUCUGAUCAAUGGCUCAUUGACGUAGCACGACUGGUAGAGCACGAGCUCAGAGGGUAUAUCGAAAUGGACGCAGGCAGAUACGCUGCCGUUUGCUAUCCUGAUGCAGAUGCUUUCCAUCUCCAAGUCUGCUCUGACUUCUUUGCAUGGGGAUUCAUUCUAGACGACUUGAUGGAGUAUGGUGUUGUCGAUGUACGGGGAGCGCUUGAAUCCUGUAUUUCUGCAUUGCGCGAUCCCAUCAAUUUUGACACAGAACAGCUUGGUGCAAGGAUGUGCAAGUCAUUUGGCAGCCGCUUUAGGGAGACUGCCGGCCCCGGCUGCACAAAGCGGUUUAUCCACAGAAUCGAAUUGUACUUCGCUGCUGUGGCUAAGCAGGUGGACGACCGUGCUAAAGGAAAUAUGUAUGAUCUGCAAUCUUUCAUCGCCCUGAGGAGAGAUCUAUGUGGGUUGAAGCCCUCCUUUACCCUCAUCGAAUUCGUAGCUCGAAUUGAUCUUCCCGACGAAGUUAUGUCGCAUCCAGCUAUCGUGGCCUUGGAGUACGCGGCCAAUGAUCAUGUUUGUUGGGCCAACGAUAUUGUCUCAUACAACAAGGAGCAAUCUCAGGGUGACGCACACUGGCAAAACUUGGUUGCUGUGCUCAUGCACGAUCGAGGACUAGAUAUACAAGGUGCCAUGAACCAUACUGGUCAGAUGUGUAAAGAUGCCAUCCAGCGCUUUGAGUCUAACCGUGCCAUCCUACCCUCGUGGGGAGAAGAGGUUGACAAGCAAGUGGCUAUAUAUGUAGAAGGGCUGCAAAACUGGAUGAUUGGCUCGCUUCACUGGCACUUUAAUUCUCCCCGCUAUUUUGGUAAGGAUGGUCAUGCUGUCAAGCGGGACCGAAUCGUCAAGCUUCUUCCCCAAAGGCCCUCAGUGUAGAGCCUGACACUUAGUGCACGGCUUCUAGAGUAGGAUGCUGGUACAUGAUUUUCGUCUCACACAGACCUGAAAGUUUUGCUUCGGUUGUAUAAUAUGUGACAUCUCGCCUGCAUUGCUUUGUCCUUCGUGGUCUCAAUUCAUCGUCCAGCUCCUCGUGUGAAACACUUCCC